AUGAUGUAUCCUCGCUUCACACGCGCAGCAGCCCUGCUGGCGGCCAUUGUUGUUGUGCUCCAGCUGCUGCAGCUGGCCGCGGCCGUCCGCCCCGCUCCCGCCGUCGCCGGCGCCAGCGACAUGCAGCACCUGCACUUCUUCAUGCACGACGGGUACCCCACCGCCGUGCUGAUCGUGAACGGCAGCACGGCGGCUCCGGUGCUCCCCGGCAACCGUCGGUUCGGCGACACGAUGGUGAUGGACGACGUGCUGACUGAGGGGCCGAGCCGGGCGUCCAGGCCCGUGGGCCGCGCGCAGGGGACCUACGUGCUGGCGUCCCUGGAGGAGGCCCGCCCCGCGUUGCUGCUGUCCAUGAACCUCGUGCUCGCCGACGGCAGCACGGUGGCGGUGAUGGGCCGGAACGACGUCAUGGCGCCCGUGCGCGAGCUCUCCGUCGUUGGCGGCACCGGCCGGUUCCGCAUGGCCACGGGGUACGUGCUCUGGAAGACGGCCAGCUGGCGCGCCGACAACGCCGCCGUGCUCGAGCUCGAUGUCUUCCUGCGUGCCUCAUGA